CAGCUAGCUCUCGUACCAUCUACCGGCUACCAAGCAGUCGCUUGCGUCAGCCUUGCAGAUGAUAUAGCAAGCCAGCAGACAACGGCACCGUUUCACUCUUGUUUUAGUUCCGUGCUGCCAUAGAAAUCAAGCAAAACUGCAGUCAGUCCACGAUUGGUGAUUCACAACAUAACAGUGCCUUCGUCUGCGGACGUGCUAGCGUAUGAAAACAGUUUGUUUCUCCGCAAUUCAGUUUCAAGAAUGUUUUUUGGAGGGUACGAAGAUGAUGAUGAUGACAUCAGCGAAACGUCCUCUCAGAAGGAUGAAUUGGAAGACAACUUGGAAGAUGUGGCUGCAGAACUUGAUCUGGGAGAACCAUCAGAUGAACUGAAGGAUUUCGCAAGACGAAAUCUCGGUGAAUUGCCAGACACAAGGUUGAAUCUUGUGCAAGAGCUGAGGAACGUGAUUUACGAACGAGGUGAAGUGGUGCCGCACAGGACGGACGACUCAUUUCUUAUCAGAUUUCUCAGGGCGAGGAGGUUCGACGUGGAGAAAGCACAUAGACUGAUGAACAACUACUACAGUUUCAAAGAGAACAACCAAGAGCUUCAUGAGGAUGUACACCCGAUGAAUAUGAGGUUCAUAGGCGACGCUGAGGUACUGUCUGUCCUUCCAUACCGCGAGCAAACUGGCAGGCGGAUCAUGAUAUACAAACUAGGCAACUGGAAUCCGAGCAGCUACUCUAUUGAGGAGCUGUUCAAGGCGACUGUUGUAGUUCUGGAACUGGCCGUACUUGAGCAGCGGGCUCAGAUACUCGGCGGCAUAUGUAUCUUUGACUUGGGAGGCAUCUCAAUGCAGCAUGCCUGGCAAAUCACUCCCAGCAUCGCAAGGAGAACUGUGGAGCUCAUGGUGACAAGUUUUCCAAUAAGGACACAUGCCAUUCACAUAGUCAACGAAUCCUGGGUUUUUGACAUCAUUUUUGCAAUCUUCAAACCGUUUUUGGACGACAGAAUGAAGGAGAAGAUUUACUUCCAUGGCCAAGACUUCGAAUCCCUGCAUUCCCACAUAGAUCCUAAGUUUCUACCCAAGAGAUACGGCGGGAUGCGUCCGGAAUAUCGCUAUACGGACUGGAUUCACAAUUUCCUCAACAACGAAACGAUUAUAGCAGAAAUGGAGCAGCUGGGAUACAAGUUUGACUUAGGUGAGGUGAAGAAAAUGCUGGAUGACGUGGAAUUAGAAAUAAGUAGCGAUAGCAACGUCAUCAUGACAAGUGAAACAUCAUCACUAUCUAGCAAUAGCAGCUCUGUUAACAAUAACGCAUAGGUUUAUGGAGUAUCAUAUUUGUUCCUUAACAAGUUGAAGUAGUAUACUUUUGGUUAUAUUAUUAAUAGGUUAUGUGUUUUAUUAUAUUGUUCAAUUUUAUAUAAAACAUAUAAUAAACCAUAUUAUUCUUUGUUA